AUGGUCAACCCACGAGUAUUCCUCGACAUCGACAUCGACGGACACAGGAUAGGAAGGCAUGUCGCCAGGAAACAUAGGAUCGCACAUCGUCUUGAUUUGAUGCCGCCGGUUAUCGUUGAACUUUUCAAGGAUGAGGUCCCUCAGACAGCAGAGAACUUUCGUGCUCUUUGCACUGGAGAAAAGGGCAUGAGCAAGAUCAGCGGGGUCCCAUUGCACUACCGAGGAUCAAUCUUUCACCGUAUCAUCAAGGGAUUCAUGAUCCAGGGAGGAGACUUUACAAGACGUGAUGGAACAGGAGGCGAGAGUAUCUAUGGCGGACCAUUGCAGGAUGAGGGCGGAUUCAAGCGCAAGCAUGACACCGAAGGCAAGCAUGUGGUGUUUGGUCGGGUUGUGAAGGGAUACGACGUUGUCGAGAAGGUAGAGAAUACACCAACAGAUGAGCGCAACGAUCGUCCUGUAGGAAUUGUAAUGAUCACAAACUGCGGUGAGCUGGAGCUCAGAAUCCCACCCAAGGUUUUGGAACAACAAAAAGCACAAAAGGCUGCUGCCGCUGCUGCCGCUGCUGCUGCGGGGGCGAAUGAAACGGCUGACAAGAAUCAGGGGCCGUCGCGUGGCGGUAAGGGGUUGUCCAAGCGUGACAGUUCGAGCGCUAGUGCGAGUGGAAGCGACAGUGAGACUGGAAGCGAUUCAGAUCGAGGACGUGAUCGUCGCCGCAGCCGACACCGCCGUCGUCGCCAUUCCCGCUCGCGCUCGGAUUCGCGUUCAGGAUCAGAGUCGGAGUCAGAAGAUGACAGAAAAAGUCGGCGAAAGAGAGACGAUCGAUCUUCAAGACGCCACAAGAAGGACAGACGGUCCAGGAGAUCGAGCCGCGAUCGUGAUGAUAGCCCAAGUCGCCGUCGGGAACGUGAUGCCAAGAGGAGUGCGCGAUCGGACUCGAGAUCGCCUGCUCGCCCAGCAGCAGCAGCAUUAGCAGCAGCAGCAGUCGAUAUCAAACCCGCAGCAGAGGGUCUCUAUGAGCAGCAGCGUGAAGCUGUGCAUUCUGUGCCCCGACCUCGGUCUCAAUCGCCCGAGAUCAAAUACAAAGGCCGCGGUGCCAUGAAAUACGGAGGACGACCUCGCUGGUAG